CUUUGGUAUGGUAUUGUAUCUAUGCUUUCUAUGUGCCUCCUACAUAGGUUCACCUAAGAACUUACGAUCUUCGGUGACAUUUGAUUGGCUGAGACGCUGAGCCAUCUGUCGUGAAAUGUCGCCGAGGUAGAAGUUCGGAUGCAUGCGAGGCAAGUCUCAGUCAUUAGCAUGUGUGCAGAAGCAGGUCAAGUAUAUGUUCCUACAAAUUGGGUCUCUGGCGGCGAUUCUAUUCUGUUGUACAAGAAAAUCAAGAGCUUCCUUACCAGUUAUGGGUUUCCCACCUCUGUCUUCUCCACCUUCCAUCGCCAUCGUCGGAGGUGGCCCAGCAGGCCUCACCUUGAUGCGAAUUCUUGAUGUUCACCUUCGCGAUAUUGAUCCGUUGCGAAACCCAAAAGUCACCAUAUUUGAGCGAGACGCAAAUCAGCACUCGCAAACUGAUCAGAUCGGCACCCUGGACCUGCACACCUAUACCGGACUCGCGGCCAUGAAAGCUGCAGAAUUGUUUGAGGAGUUUCAGAAGCAUGCUCGAUACGAUGGUGAGGAACUGGUCAUUGCCGACAAGAAUGGUACGGAGCUAGUUCAUAUGCAUGCUGGAAAAGGCACAACACCAGGAGUCGAAGCGACAAGACCGGAAAUCGACAGAGCCACGCUCAUGGAUAUCUUGCUAGCCAGUGUCGGCACACAUCGUAUCAUCUGGGGUAAGAAGCUCACAUCUGUGACGGAAGACAAAAAGCUGUGUUUCGCAGAUGGAUCGAUCUUUGGACCUUACGAUCUUAUCGUGGGUGCUGAUGGCACAUGGGGCAAAGUCCGACCUAUCUUGACCAGCGUGAGGCCACGCUACUCAGGUAUCUGUGGAUUCGAAAGCCUCAUUGUGGAUCCAGACAUCAAACACCCAGCCAUCGCUAAAUUGUUCGGAAGAGGGGCCUACUUUGCGUUCUCUGACGGCAAAGCCAUGAUGGCCCACAGGUUGGGCAGUGGUAACAUCAAGCUCAACUACUGGAUUAAAUCCAACGAGUCCUUCCAUUCCGAUGUCAUGAAGCAGUCCGAUGGUCAGGAUGACGUACUUCGAGAUACGUUACACGAUCUUUAUACAGACUGGCUACCAAUUCUUCGGAAAUGCAUCGAUGUCAGCCAAAGGUUCAAAUCAAGAGCUCUCUACGAGCUACCUAUCGGUGACAGAUGGGACCAUAGACUGGGAUUUACUCUGAUGGGUGAUUCGGCUCAUCUGAUGACCCCGUUCUCCGGCAAAGGUGCAAAUGCCGCAAUGAGAGAUGGCCUGGACCUUGCUGGUGCUGUUAUUGAGAGCUUGACGCAGGACAAGUCUCUUGAUGAGUGUAUUAAGUCUUACGAAGAGCAGAUGUUUAUGAAGAUUGAGGAGGUUCAGAGUUUGACGAUGAUGAACAAACAAGGAAUGUUCCGAGAUGAUGCUCCGGUAGGGUUCAUGGUAGAUAUGAUGGACGUCAUAGCUAAGGCUAAAGGCAAGGACUUGAACAAAGGUGUUUUAGCUUGGAUCCCGGUCAAGAAGAUGGCCAGACUGGUGGCCUGGGUUAUUGUUACAGCUGGCGCUUGGAAGCGUAGAUUUACUGUUCUUUGAUCAGCUGCAAAUCUGCAAUCACAGAUCUUCCUCCAACCGUGGGCGAAAUAAUGU